CAGAAUGUAUUGUGCUUCACAAGUUUACUGUGACAGCCUGAAUAGGAAAGGGGGAGGGGACAUUGUCUUCAGCUGGCAUGCUGUUAUCAGAGGGAAUGUGUUUCUGGACACGAGAUUUAGCAUUCAUUGGUUGUCUGAAGAAAGCUAUUUCAUCUGAGGAUUGGACAAGAAGCUGCGUCAAUUUGCUGCCCGUCUCCAAGGCACUGGUGAUGCUGCCUUCACAAGCUGGCUAACGUCACAGCUCCAUCACCCAGCGGGGUGUGGACUCUCUUUUUCUGUUCUUCUCUAUUUAAUUCUCUAUUUGCAGCCUACUGCAUUUCUUAAUCUGUCUUCUGCCAAAUGCUAACAGCAUGAUAUUUUGCAAUCAUCUAGGUGAAUACAAGAAAGACGAACUCCUAGAAGCUGCUAGGAGUGGUAAUGAAGAAAAACUGAUGGCUUUACUGACUCCUCUAAAUGUGAAUUGCCAUGCAAGUGAUGGGCGAAAGUCUACUCCUUUACAUCUAGCAGCUGGCUACAACAGAGUUCGGAUAGUUCAGCUUCUUCUUCAGCAUGGUGCUGACGUUCAUGCAAAAGACAAAGGUGGGCUUGUGCCUCUUCAUAAUGCGUGUUCAUAUGGACAUUAUGAAGUCACAGAACUUCUACUAAAGCAUGGAGCUUGUGUCAAUGCCAUGGAUCUCUGGCAAUUUACCCCACUACAUGAGGCUGCUUCCAAGAAUCGUGUAGAAGUUUGCUCCUUGUUACUUAGCCAUGGUGCUGAUCCCACAUUAGUCAACUGCCAUGGCAAAAGCGCUGUGGAUAUGGCCCCAACUCCUGAGCUUCGGGAGAGACUAACUUAUGAAUUUAAAGGACAUUCUUUACUACAAGCAGCCAGAGAAGCAGACCUAGCCAAGGUUAAAAAAACACUUGCUUUGGAAAUCAUUAAUUUCAAACAACCACAGUCUCAUGAAACAGCACUGGUAAGAUUUUAUAUUAAUCCAUUCCUUGGGCUUAUAAUAAUAGUGCAAGCACAAAAUAAUGGUUUUCAUUUCAGAAACUUUAAACUGCUCUUACUAUUUGAAAUGCCUGGAACUUGCAUUUUAGUGUUGGUUGUACCAAUUUUUAAAUUUGGUUCAGAGCAUGAUCCUUUUUGUAGGUGAGAGAAUAUUUGCUCAACCUUGAUUUGGAAGUUGUCUUUGUCUUUGCCCAAGCGAAAGUCAAUAAUUCCAUAAAAUACAAGGUGUGAUCUUCCUGAUAGAAUCUUCUUUUUGGUGAAUGUUAACUAGGUAAAAUACUAUAUUCAUUUU